UCGGUCAGAUCCGCUCAAUUUUCAUCGUCGAUUGUCUCACCUCGCGUUUCUUUUUGUCGGAUCAUUGUUUCCUCUGUGAGUCGUAACUAUCAUCGUAUUUUCUACUUUUUGGUGCUUGUGUUCUUCGAAACCCAUGACUUUCGGUUUAGUUUUCCUCCGAAACAACCGAAUCAAUACCAGUUAAUUGUUGUUGGGCUAGUACAUCAAUUUGCCAUUAUUUACUGUGGCGAGGUAGUUGACUAUUAUUCAGCAUUUUAAGGAAGAUUAAUGAACUUCUGUAUGGCUAAUACAUUUGCAAAUUUGAACAAGUGCUGUAAUGUUGUAUAUACCCUUAUUCGGUGAAGCCUCGGCUACUGCUAAAUUAGAACCACCGGUAAGCGUUGGUGUUGGUGUCGGAGUCGGUGUUGGUGUAGGUGUCGGGACUAUCCCAGCUCCUAAUCGUAGUAUCCCACCGUUACAUUUACCUGAACGAAGAUCCCACAUCACUGAAUCACCAUUCCAUUGUGAAAUCUGCGGCAAGUACUUCUCUCGCAAGGACCACUACAAAAACCAUGUGAUGUGGCAUACAGGGGAGACACCUCACCGUUGCGACUACUGCUCGAAAACGUUCACGCGAAAAGAGCAUCUUAUAAACCACGUGCGACAGCACACUGGUGAAUCACCACAUCAGUGCAACUACUGUUCUAAGUCGUUCACCCGCAAAGACCACAUGAUUUACCACGAGCGACAGCACACAGGGGAGACACCUUUCCCUUGUCAGUAUUGCCCAAAAGCUUUUACACGCAAAGACCACCUUGUGAAUCAUAUUAGAACACAUACUGGGGAGUCACCGCACAAGUGCACGUAUUGUAUGAAGGCAUUCACGCGGAAGGAACACCUCACGAACCACGUCCGACAACAUACCGGUGAGUCACCUCAUCGUUGCCAUUUUUGCACGAAAUCGUUUACACGUAAAGAACACUUGAUAUGUCAUAUUCGCAUUCACACAGGGGAAUCUCCGCAUGCCUGCGAGUUCUGUGACCGAACAUUUACACGGAAAGAGCAUCUGAAGCGACAUGUGCGGCAACACGUGAGCGGAGCUGAGUACAAUUGCAUCAUCUGCUCGGAACCGUUCCAAGCUAAAGAGCAUCUCAUCGAGCACAUGCAGACCCACCCUCGCGACUGCCCAUACGUCUGCUCCGACUGCGGAAAGGCGUUUCGGCUUAAAGGUAAUCUGCUCUUUCACCAGCGCUCCCACCAAAAGGGGCUCCCAGCGGACCGGCCGUUCCGUUGUGACCUCUGUCCGAAAGACUUCAUGUGUAAAGGCCAUCUGGUCACUCACAGACGUAGCCACACGAACGCUAAACAAUUCUCAGCAACGCAGUUUGACAAAGCUUUUGGUAAGGAUGGCUUUAUGCUCAAGCACUUAAUGAAGCAUGAGGUAGGUGUAGGCGAAAUAGUCUUGGCUGAGCCGCAAUCGCAGCAACAGGCGCAUGCACAACAGCAGCAACAAGCGCACCCCCCUCAGCAGGCUCAACAGCCACAACAGCAUAGCGUCAGUGUUGGCACUCAGGUGGGCCUUCCUGUUCUCCCUCCCCCACCAAACAUACAUUUGUCGCCUCCGCCCCCUCCAACCAACAUCCUCUCAGUUGUAACAUAAACUUGGCCGUCGGAUAGCGAACCCCCUCUUUAUUCCCACCCCAGAGUGUCGAGUUCCUCAGUCUAGUAAACUCAUUCGAAUGAUAGCGUCGACUAGGUUUUUAUUUAGGCAGCAACUGCCUAGAGUGUAUAGAUUCUCAUUGUUGACUCAUUCUUAUAGCCUAUUGAUUCUCAUCCUAUUUAGCAGGUACAUGUACAAGGCCACUAAGGGCACUUGAGUUUUGGACCAAUGCCUCUUAGUUGGUUCCUUACCGAGGUGUCUGCAUGACUGAAUAACCGGCAAUGGUCUGAGAAUUCAGCAGAAAAGACUGGAAUUUUCCCUGAAAUUCGUGUAACUAUUCGGGCUGAUAUGCGGUUUCAAAGCUGGAUUUUUUUUCUUUGGUAGUUCCUCUGCUUACAGAUUUAAGUCUUAAUUGUCAGGGGCCAACUGAUGUUCGACUCAGUGGAAAGAACCACUCCUCAAAUAUGAGAGUCUACGGCUUACCGCUCAGAUUUAAUUUACCACUCGACUCUUUAACAUCAUUCAUGUAAUGCAUCGUCUGGUAUGAGCCAUCCUUACCUGCAAAGCUGUCCAGAUCGCUUUGUUCAAUCGCGUAGAGUUGGAUUACUUUAGCAUGGUGUAAUUUGUUAAACCCCUCAGUGACCUCAUCUCUUUGGGUUCGUUCGGUCCACGCAUAUUAUUCAAAGUAUAUCCGUUAAUUACGUUAUAAUAAUUACCUUGAGUAGUUAGUAGCUUUAUCUAAAGAUAUAAUUUUGUAUUAUGUAGACUUUAAUUUUUGAUAAAUUCUAAGUGCUGUUGAGCGCAGUACACAUAUUUAUAACUUUAAGUUAGAUCGCCACUCAUUCUGAACAAAGUGUGUGCAGUUAUUUUGAUGAAAAUUUAAUAUCUGUCUGUAUUGAGGGAUCCUUCAAAACUGUGCUGGCAUCUAAAGUUGGAGGUAAGAGUCGUUUUAUAGGAGCUGGCAGUGAUUUUGGCAAUAAUUGAAGAAGAAGAUGGCUUGCAUCCUGAGUCGAGUUCACAAUCCAUCAUGUUCUUGAGUGGUUCUUUGAUUGAGUGCUCAGUUCUGACAUCUUCUCAAAAAUUCAUCAUCAGCAUUUAAAGAACUAGAAUUUCCCACGAUCAACAUUAGUUGCUCGGUAGCAUUCAAGAUGCAAUCCAGUUUUUCUUUAACUUCGAAUUUUUUUUAGAUAUCUGCUUUCCAAAGGAGGUCAAAUCCACAUUGAUCAAAAUUCAUUUGUCUUUACCAGUAUUAGGUACAUAGCUGUGUCAUGGGUGCUUUGCUUAUGAAACUUUUUUCUUGCCUCUCGUGUGAACUUUCUAAACUUGUCACCCUAAUUUUUUCAGCUGAAAAAUGCGUUGCUUUUGAAUUUUCUUUUAAAGAAGUACGGACAUUUUUCAGACACUGUUGAGCGAAUGAAAAAAAAUAUUUCUCAAACUUAGCUGCUCGGACAUAGCUUUAUGUUUUCUCUUUACCAAGGCUCAUCUACGUGCGUAAAUUUGAAUACCCUGAGAGGCAUUUUGAGCCCAGUUAAGUGACCAUCAUUUACCAGUAACAGCGUAGAGGCAGUUCCAAGAAGCAGUUAACAUGGCCUCCUGAACUGCAGUAAAAAUUGUACUUUCUGUUAUUCUGCUCACCCUAUAUUUGAGACUUCUGGUGACAUCCUUCCCUGCUGUCAAGUUAGCUUUUUUCUCGGAAUUUUUUAGACUCCAUGAAUAUUUAAAUUUGGUAUAUUCUCCGCAUGCUCCUUUUUCUCUAAGAUUUCAUUUGAAUUCUUUUAUUUAUUAAAAGUCGUAUCUUUUUAGUUUGUUUUCCUAAAUCCAUAAAAUUCAUAAAAGUUUAGGAUUAGAGAGCAAGCUCCCAAGAUUUUCCAGAAGAUUCAAGUAUUUGCUUGUUUGUAGAACUUUAUUCACGUGUUGGGUAAGCGUCUCAUCUCAACGCAAAACUUAAUCAAUAAGUUUUAAAUUUUUGUUUUAUUUAAGAAUCAUUUACAUUGAUACAUUUUGGGGGUAUAUUCUUUCAAAGAAUAUUUGAAAUCAAUCUCAACUUGUAGGAAGCAUUAAUGAGUUAUUCAAUUUCUUGUAUUCAUGAGAUCAAAGUUAAUAUUUAUACACCAUUUAGUCCUGCAGCUGUCAUCUGGCCUUAAAAUUUGACCCCUUUCCUUGAGAAGAAAUUUUAGUACAUCUUUGCAAUCGGGGGAUGAACUCUCGAUUACCGUCAAAACAAAUCCAGUACUAAUAAAAUGCCACCUCCAAAUUUAACUCCAUGGUGUCUAACUGUAGAAGAGGUUGACUUUUUAACAGAUUUGAUGAGAUAUGAAAUCAGUUUAAUGUAUUUCAUGCCAACAUUGCUUCUGUAAGGUGACUCUUUGCCUUAGGUGUUAUAUAUCAUCACACCGAAUAAUAUCUGCCAAGUCUUGCAUGGAGUGACUCCUCACUGUGUCCAUUCACACACAUUCACACACACACAAAACUUAUACAUGCACAUUUGUAUCUAUUUGAUUUAUAUAUUAUUUAUUUAUUUAUUUACUUAACGUAACUUUACUUACUUUAUCCUUGUACAAGUUUUUAAUUUAUAUUCAACCCUGUCUCAUGAAAAUAUUUUGCUUCCCUGUAGAGUGCUAGUUGGUAUUUGAUACUUUGAACACGAAGGGCAUCAGGAAUGUGAUGUCCUUCGUGUUUGUGCAAUGCUCUUUGAGUUGUUUAUUUUUUAUUUUUUUAAUGUUUUUCCACUAUCUCUGCUUUAACUUCUGAUUAGAGAAUUGGAGGAAGCAACAAAAGUGACCAGAACUGCUUGCCGAGGCCUUAAGUAAUGUUAAUGUUAAGCUGGGGUUCAGUGGGUUUCACAAAUUAUUAUCCUCUCAAAAGUUUUGUACCACAUUUAAUGUAAAAGAAGUGGGAAACCCAAUAAGUGAUGCAAACGGACCUAAAUGCUCUUGAUUUCACUAAAGAAAAUAUUUGACAGAUGAAUGCAGAGAUGUUUAAUCUGCCCUGAAAAUCCCUGGUAGACUGAUAGCUUAUGCUAAGGAGUUUCGAGCUAGAGCUGUUUCCUUCCCUUAUAUGUACAAAUUAUGAGAGAAAUUUUCUGAACUGUAAGACAUUUUAGGAAGUAGGUGAAAUUCCUUUAUUGCAGGGAAAGUUUUUAGAAAAUAUUUCUCUGAGAAGCCCUGUAAUCUAAAACUUUUAACUGAUAUGACUCAGAACAGGAAGAAGGUCCUUCAGUCAGCCCCAAAUCCCUAGCAGAGAAGAUUAUUCUGGUUUUAACAUCACCUUGGUAGUUUUAACAAGUCUGACAUCCAUGAGAGCUUUAGCUUAGAUUAUUUUUCUAAUUCAUCAAAUUGUAUGGAAUUAAUGCAAAGGAUUUAAGCUGAAUUCGUUUCAAUUUGAUGACAGUGGUAAUGCUAGAUCAAAAUCAACUCAGCGAUAGCAAGUGUAUAUCCUUCAUCUAAAGUCAGCAUAUUUAGUUCUCUUAAGUGGCAAGACAAACAAUUUAAAAUGCACCAUGUUAAUAAAGGUUUCAAGAGUACAAAUUCUCUUGUUUAUUCCUUUCCUAAAUGCGUCUGUCAAAAAUCUUUCAUUUUUCGGUUUUAGUAAUGUUGUCAUUUUUUGGUCAAAGUGAGUUACUUUUUUUUCAACAAUUGUCGCCUUGUGAUGAAAUACCUAAUGGCACUUUCAUCUCCUUUAAUCUCAUCUCGUUUAAACCCUUCCAGUCAAACUUAGUAUUGACUUUUUUUUACAUCAGGCAAUGGUGCACAGGAAGUGUUUGUCUUCCUUAGAGACUAAGUAACUUUAAUUAAAUGAUCAUCCCGGUGAAGACAAGGGCCCUUUUUCUGUACUGCAUCAUUUUAAAAUUUUUGAGACAACUAACUGCAUGAAUUUUCAUGCUUAAAUUUUUAGUCACCAGUAAGCAUUGAUUUUAUUGAUUCUAACAUCAUCGUUGAUUGUCGAAAUUGAUUCUCGUCAAAUAAUUUUGAUCCCUUAAACAAAAAAUAUCCUUAUCAAUUAUUUCCUGUGAAAUGAAGUGCCGUUUUGUUGCAUCCUGUUAGUUAAGUUGUCAAAAUUGUUCUCAACUAAGAUACCUUAUGUGAAAUCAGGUUGUCCACUUUUCAAUUGUGAAUGCGUGUUCAAGGAAGAACAGUUUCUCUGAAAGAGACAAUGUUCAUUACACAUCAGAGUUAGUGAAUUGCCCCUGUGCAUGAAUGGCCUAAAUUCCUAUUUUUAAAGCGACAAUUUAUGCUAGUAAUCAGUGCCACCCAUUCUAUUGGUAGAUUUAGUUUUGCAUCAAACAUGAACAUGCUGUUGAAAGAGCGUGUUUUUUUCACGGCUUAGCGGUGAUGUGACAGAAGUCAUGGAAUGUGAGAAAAGAGGCCUUGGAGGUUUUUAUUUUGCUGGAGUUGGUAAACUUGAUUAAUUCAUUCAAUAAAUUCAUUUUUUGAGGGAGAGAAAACAACUAUUUUAAUGCUAUGUAUCAAUCAACCAACAACUGUCUUAUCUUCAUUUUGUACAAAGUAACUCUUUAUGCGUUGCAAAAUUUUAAGCCAAUUUGCCCUUUUUGCAGUUUUUUAUUUCUUUGAAUUCUCAUAACACUAUUUCAAUCUUUGGCCCAAAUUGUCAGUAGGAGAUGAGGUGCAGCUUAUGCUGAUCUUGAGUGUCUAGUAACUAACAACCAGAAGAUUAAUUCCUAUGUCUUGAUUUACUCUUUUCAAAAUGUACAAGAACUUGUAAAGUAGAACAUUUUCAUGGAUAGUGUGAUCAUUGCAUUGUGAAAUUCUCAGGGAGAAAAAAAUCUUGUUCCAUGAACACAAAAAUUUAGUUUAUAAUCAUCGAAACACAACCCAAGUGAACAUUUUCUAAUCUCAAAGUGUACACUGCUGAGGAAUUGUCAGCCCUUUUGUAACCUCUUGAAAAGCGGACAUCCUGAUUAAACUCAAAUUGCGUGACCAUUGGACUGUAUAAAGAUGUCCUCAAAAAUGUUGCAUUUGAUUGAUCAUGCCUAGAAAAAGAGAGAUGUUCUCAGCCAUAAUUUUACCAAAAGAUCCAUGAAGUAGACGCAAUUUAGCAGCAUUAUUUGCCCUGACCAUGUAGGAUUUUUUUCAAAGCAAGAUGUUGUGCCUUGUUUGAAUGAAGCAUGAAUUAUACUCUCGUAACUCGACUAAUACAAAGUGUAAGAAUUCUAAUGUAAUGAUCAUUGAGUUCAGGCUCAAUCAUUUAGCACUUGUAAACAUAGCAGUGCCUUUGUUUGUAGAAGUCCAUUUGUUAUGUAGUAUCGGCAUUAAUAAUGUAUGAAACUAUCUCCAUUAAUUAUUUUUACACGGAGAAAAAACUGGUUAAGGCGCAUUUUUGUUUUUGUUUAAAGUUAAUUUGAGAGUGUUUUUUCUGGUAUUGAUGAGAAUAGAGUAAAUUACAAGCUUCCGUAGAGUUUUGAAAGAAGGCUAUCUCUAUUAUUCUAAGGUAGGGUCUUUCAGAUGCAACAAUUUUUGGUACGUUGUAAAAGGAAUACUGGUUACUAUUUGUCAAAUUAAUUUUGUACACUAAAAGCAAGCUGAAUAAACUUAAACGUAUAAUAAUUAAA